UUGCGGAAAGGCGCUGCGCCCGAUCCCAGAGCCUUCCCUUUUCCCCUCCCCCGGGCGCGCAGAAGCUUAGGAUCGCCCGUGGGGGCUAGAGCCUGGGGCUCGUCCCCUGCCUGCCCGGCUUGACGACGCCCCCUCCCCAAAUCCGAAGCCCCAACCCCUUGCUUGGCCGAACUGCGUUGCGUUCUAUUCUAAUUUGCAGCGGGCGCCAGGUUGGAGAUGCGGGCUGGCUAAAGCGAGCCCAGGAGGCAGCUGCGUCGGGCCGGGGGCGGCGGCUCCGGGUGGAGGAAGAGGCGGCCUUGGGGCGGGGACUGCCGGCUUCCUCGGCCUGAAACUCCCGGGCGGUGGCGGCUGGGUUUCGGGGAGUCUUGCGGCCGUCGGUGGGCGCCCGCCUGGCGUUGGACGCUUCCCAUGGACACCAGCCCCCCGGUCCCAGAUCCCGGGGGUCCCCGAAGGGAUUUUACCACCUCGGCUUUGGAGGUGGGCCCUCCCUCCUUCGAAUGGCUGUUGGAGCGCCUGGGGGCCCGGGGCCAACGUCGGCAGCGCCUUCUGCUGGCUCUCAGCUGUCUUCCCUGCGUCCUUGUGGGUUUGGCCUUGGGUUCAGACGCCCUCUUCGCUCUCACCCCUCUGCAUCAUUGCGGGGACUCCAACGGCACCAAGCUGUCCGAUAACACCACCUGUCAUGGUCCCCAUGGUCAAAGUGGAGACUCUGGGGGACUCCCCAUCCUCACCAGCAACCCAGUGACAGAGUGGUCCCUGGAUCAUUCUGGCAGCUGGGUGAUCCCUCUGGAGCAGAUCUGUUUCCUUCUGGGCUUUGCAGCAGGAGCCGUUUUCCUGGGUCACCUGGCGGACAGUGUAGGGCGACGGAGUACUUUCCUACUGACGCUGGCUCUCGGCUGCCCCGUGGGCUUCCUGGCAGCCUUCGCCGCCUCUCCCUCCGUCUUCAUACUGGGCCGGUCCCUGUGGGGCACAAUGCUGGGUGCCAUGCAACUCGCCCUCUACAUUACCCGUUUGGAGUUGUGUUGUCCUUCGCAACGGCUGCCGGUAGCCAUGGCGGGAGACCUCGUCCAGGUGGGAGGGCAAUUCCUUCUUCUGGGCCUGGCGUGGGUCUGCGGCGGUUGGCGCAUUCUACAAGGGGUGAUCUCAGCCGGAAUGGGGGUUUGCCUGCUGUAUGGCUGCCCAGGGUUAUAUCCGGAAUCUCCCCGUUGGCUCUUGGCCACCCGUCGGACAACUCGGGCCAAGGAAGUCUUGUUAGCCCUGUGCCAAGACGGCAACACCCAGGAAUCCGAGACCCGGGAGGCUCUGGAUGAGCUGGACAACGUUUGCCAUCUGCCUGCAGCUGCCCAGAUUUCACUCCGCACCCUCCUGUCCUGCAGGAACAUCUGGAAAAACAUUCUGAUCCUUGGUUUUACCACAUUCAUAGCCCACGCGAUCUCCCACUGCUACCAACAGGCCUGGGAGUCGAUGGACGACCCACGCGCCAAGUUCUACUUCCCCUUCCUGUUGUCGGCUGGCAGCGCCGGUCUCGGCUGCCUCUUUCUGUGCCUCACCGUACACCGGUAUGGACGUCGCGGGAUUUUGCUCCUCACCACCACCCUGACUGGCAUCUCCUCUCUGAUCCUGCUGGGGCUGGGAGAAUAUCUCAACAACACAGCCCGAAGAACGUUUUCCAUUCUCGGACUCUUCACUUCCCACACAGCCGGCUCCCUCAGCAUCUUCUUCGCUGCCGAAGUCAUCCCUACCGUAAUCAGAGGGAAGGGUCUCGGCAUCACGCUGGCCCUGGCCUCUCUCGGAGGACUGAGCGCCCCGCUGUUGCGGGUGCGAGAGCAGCACGGCUCCUUCCUCGAACACAUCGUCUUGGCCUCCCUCAACAUCCUGGCGCUGCUUUGCCUGCUCCUGCUGCCCGAGACUAAACGCAAACCCUUGCCCGAAAGCUUGCACGACGGAGAACUUUACCGGAGGCCCUCCCUGCUCCGGCGGGCCGGCGAGUCCGCGCGCAGGGACUCCCACGGUGUGACACGGCGAGACGACGUGCCCUUGCUCUCUACCCCGAAUCCCGUCAGCUGAUGCCAUGGCGGGCUCGGUUUGAGCCUCGACGGGUAGGCUCGUCUAGCAAACGCAAGAGCCGAAUGGAAGCCAGGAGGAAGGGGGGGAAAUUCAGAUUCGGGCUUUUUCUGUUUCUGAAGUUGCACGAAAGGAGUCACUUCAUCUCGGCUGCCCCAUCAGCAAAAACUCGUUUAUUUAAACGGACGGACUUAAAUUGGAAACUAGGAGUCAUAGCUAGUUGCCCCAUGAUUAGCUAGCGUAGCGUCUCUCAAUUUUGGAAACUUAAAGACGCAUGGACUUCAACUCUUUAACUGCCUGUUGCCUUUUUAAAAAUUUGCAUUGCAAACUUGAGGAUGGUGGUGUGGGGUUUAUUUUUUCCCCCACUUCCUUGAUAAUUAACAAAAUUAUGUUAAUUUUCAUUCCUUUUCAUUUGGACGGAUAAUAUUAUACGCCCUUGGGUGUCCUGCGGCCUGCCUUGAAAAUAACAGAAAUUAAAUAACAGACAAAAUAGAAAAAAAAAUACAUAGUCCUAGACGUAGGAGCAUAAUGGAAACCGAAAUUACGGUUGUAAAUCGUGCCGGUCAUUAAGUGGGUGACCAACUUAAUUUCACCACCUUUUUUUGGCAGUGUUCGUUAAGCAAAUCACGGUUGUUAAGUGGUUAAAUGAAUCCAAUUGUCAAGCCAAUUGUCCACCAUUUUUGUUCCUGGAAAACGACCUGGGGAAUUCUGGGAGUUGAAGUCCCUACAUCUUCAAGUGCUUCAGGUCAAAAAACACUGAAUUUGGUAGCAGCAAGGAAGAUUUAAUGUACUCGCUAUUGAUUUACACUAGAGACGAACUGAAAUCUUAAAUUUAAGACAAAUUUCAGUCGAGCAGGCAGACGAUUCUCGGCGGACUAUCGAGGAGAGAAAGAAAAAUCUGAAAAUUUGCUCCCUGGAAGAGAAUUUUUAAUACCCUUUCUGCUUUCGGCAAUGGAAAGAUUUGGGGGGGCUUACAAACUCAAGGAUACAGGGUUAAGAGUUGAGUGUCGAAAUGCUUAGCUAGGAGGUCAAGCUAAUCCUCCAUUUUUUAAAAAAAGUUCUUCGAGGGACGAUUUGGGGGUUUGGUGUGAGAGAAUUCUGUUUUUAUUUCCGUUUUACCGAUACUCGACACGGGAAUUAGGGCCCGGAGUCUACCGACUUGACGUCCAAGACAGGAUUCAACCUAUGCAUUCAUCUCGUUUUUAAUAAUUGUGUCCGUGACACACUUCUCGUUGCAAAGGGCUUGCGUUCAGGACAUUGGACCAGAGGUGACCAAAUCCUCAAAACGAAGACUUAUUUCAAAUCCUUCCCUCCCCGAAAGAAACCGAUGGCUAGAUCAGACGAGACGAGCAAUGUUCUUCGUUGCACGGACAGUGACUUUUGGUCUGGGCUCCCAAAAUGUCCAAUCGUCACCUUGGGCCGAUAAAUUCUUAAUUGAAGCUCGCAGCGAAGAGAAACUGAAAAGACCGCUGUCUACGAAGACGACGUCAGCGGUCCGUUCCCCCAAUCCCCAAAACUGGAAUGUACAGAUAGUCCUUGAUUUACGACCACCAUUGAGACCCAAAUGUCUGCGGCUAAGGGAGAGUUCAGCGAGUUUGGCACCAUUUUCUUGCCACGGCUGUUAAGUGAAUCGCUGCAGUGGGUCAAUCGGUAACAUGGGAACUCCGCGAGACACGGCAACGGUCGUAAAACAUGAGUCAGGAAGCCUCUGAAUUUUAAUCACGGUGAGCGUGGAGAUGCCGCCCACGGUUGUACUGUAAAAAAUGUCGCUUUUUAGUUGGACCUUCGGUCGCUAAACCCACUGUUGUAAAUCGAGAACUUCCCGUAUCUUCCAUUUUUAUGAUCGGUUGCAACUCAUUUUGGGAGGGACCUCAGAAUGAAUAGCGGGUUUUAUUACCGAGGAAGAAGGGAGAGAUGAUGGCUGAAGUAAUGGUGCAGCGUCAUGCCCAGGAGGACCACUCAGGCCGAUGCACACGUGUGUGUGUAAACACUACCCCUUAUUUACUCCCGCGGGAGUUAAACAUGCAACCCCCCCCAUCCCCUAAGCCCCCGAGUAGACUCAAACUUUUUUGGACUGCUUUGUAACCUUGAAGGGAAAUAAAACACUGACUGUUAAUAAGCUAAAUAAAAGGAAAUAUAUAAUCAA